CCGCCCAAAGGCCUCCGGCCGGGAAGCGCCACUGCCUGGGUUCGACUCCGCUGGGGGAGACGGUGCAGAGCUCUUGGCCCCAUGGCGCUGCCAGGUGGAAAUAAGGAUAAUAUCAGGGCAGGAUGCAAGAAGUGUGGCUAUCCUGGUCAUCUGACAUUUGAGUGCAGAAACUUUCUCCGUGUGGACCCCAAAAGAGACAUUGUUUUAGACGUUAGCAGUACGAGCAGUGAAGACAGCGAGGAAGAGGAGCUGGGGAAACUGCAGGCCUUACCAGAGAAAAAGAAUACAAGUCAGGAGGAGGAAAAGAAGAAUCUAAAAAGAAUAAGCAAAGAAAAAUCCAAAUCAAAGAAAUUAAGGAAACGAUCUUAUUCAUCAAGUGUCACUGAAGAAGAAGAUCCAAAACCAAAAAAACAGAAAUCCCACAAAAAAGAAAGGAAAAAGGAGAAAAAGAGUAAAUCUAAGAAAGGAAAACAUCACAAAAAAGAAAAAAAGAAGAGAAAAAAAGAAAAACGUUCGUCAUCUGAUAGUUCAGACUCCUCUAGUAGCGACUGAGGAGUUAGUGCAUUCAGCUUUCAUUACCCUGAAAGAUUAGGAUUGUUAACCUUUCACAUCUAUCCUAUAUGUGCUUUACAAUACUGUCAGGUUAAAAAAAAUUAUCUAUAUAUUUUAAAAGUACAUUUAUUUACAAAUAUCCACACCUUAGAUUAUUAAAAUGAAAUAUUUGGAGGUGGCAGGGAAAUCUACAUGUUGUUUUUUGCGAUUAAUGGUGUUUCGCUAUUUUCAUUCUAUGCAAGUUGGACCAAGAAAAUAGACUAGUUGUUUAAACUUUUGUGAUUAGUUCAUUUCUAGUCAGUUUUUGAUUGCUAGCUUCCAUGCAUGACCAGAAUAUUCAGAUUGCUAACAUGUUCAGGGAAAGAUUUGAACUAAUUAAAAUGUGCUUUCCACUGGAAUUUUUAACAAAAUUUGUUGAAACAUUUUUAUUAAUUUUAAUUUUUCUAAAAUCUUGACUUUUAUGAAAAUAAAAACCUACAUGUUUGACAUAAUUCCAUAUCAGCCACCACUUAAAAGCAGUAAUAGAGCCAUUGAUGAAUAAAAAUAAGGACAUUGAGCUAGAAGAAAGGUGGGGUUUUUUUUUUGUUUGUUUGAAGGGACAGAGUAAGGGAAGAAAUAGUAAAUAUUUGCUACAAAUAAGAACAGUCUUUUAAAACUGAUCUGGUAAUGUACCUUGAAACACCUAGUGAUUGUUUUCCAUCAUACUCAGAAAGUGGCCCUAUACAUGGACAAACAUAACACCUAUCAUUCUUCAGUUUCCUUUUCUUCUUGUAAAAUACAAAGAUGUAUGGCUGUGUCUACACUAUGAGCUGUGGGUGUGAUUCCCCUGCUCAUGUACACGUACGUUAGCUCUCAUGGAACUAGCAUGUGUAUAAAUAGCAUUGUAGCCGUGGUACCAUGGCAGCAGCAGAGGCACUGCUGAGCUUGACUGAGUAUGUACUCACUGGUUUCUGGCGGGUGUGUAUAAGGCAUAUACUGUUAUCUGUAUUAAGUGACAAUCGAGGAAUGAUUUCUACAGUAAUGUCCCAGUCCUUUGUCAAUUUAUUGUGUUAAGAUUACCUACUCAUCUUUUGAAAAUGGGGAAAGGGAAAUCAAAGACUGGAACUUUGGAUACUCUUGAUAAUUUCAACCCCCAUUCACCAUUCUCUUCAUAAAAUUCACAGUGGCUUUAUAAAACCAAAAAUCUUUUCUUCUAUUAUGUAACACAGCAUGUGCCCUAUUGUCUAAAGACCAGCUCCUGCUCCAUUGAAGUCAGUGGCAUAAUUUCCCAUUGGCUAUAAUAGCUGGAUGAUCAGGAACCUAAAUAGUAGUAAUUCUUGUUUCAAAUUACCUCAAGGCCAUUGCAGGUAUAGUGUCAGUGUGUCAGGAUUACUCCAUUUAUACUGGUGUAAAGUCCAUAGUCUGAACCUUACUGCUGUAUCUCCUUUACAAGACAUAGGACUUAUCUAUACAGUAUGGCAAAGCGUGCCACAUGGGUGUGAUUUGUAAAAUGCACUAACGUGCUAUCCUCUAACUGCCUCAUGUACAUUCUGCUGCCAUGUUCUAAAAGGUACCUCGUUUGUGUUAACCUUUUCCUGUUUGAAAGACCAUUAACUUGAAUUAGACACUUUUAGACAGUGCCAGCAGAUUUUACUAUGGCCAGUUAGAGCACAACAUGUUAGAGCACUUUUAGAAAUUACAACCAAUAGCCUGCAUUGCCUGUGCCAUGUAGACAAGCCUAGUUAUUAUAUUUCUAAGUAGUUCAUUUUCCCUUUAUUUUUGGACAUAAUAGGAUGCUUUAGGAAUACUGUGAUAUUGGCAUAUGUAAAAUUUAUAUCUGAGCCUUUAAAAUUGGCCUAUGAGCAAAAAAUUAAUUAAAUCUCCUUUUAUCCAGGAGCAAAACAUUUAAGAAAUUUAUUUCUAAAGAGCAGUGCAGAGACUAUUUUAAAAGUUAACCUAUAUUGUGCUUUAUGUCUGAAAUGCAUUUUUAAAAUAUACCUAGGAAGCAGAUGUUUGAGAUUGAUUUUGUGCUUCGCUUAUGUAACUGAUUUGCAGAUUCUUAUUUGACUUCUAACCCUUUGAAUUUGCACAAACAAUAUUUUGAAUUCAGGAAGUGAUUAAUAAAAUAUUACCUAGA